GUCUCUUUUCUUACACUUGCUGUAAUGGAGUUGCUCAUCUUCAUCAUUUUUCAGCUCCUGAUGGAGGUUCUGUCUUACCAAUCUCCUACUGUAAAAGUAUCUCCAGAUGUCAUAAGAGAGUCCAGCUCAGUGAAGAUCAGCUGUGAGGUGCCAGCAGAUGUUAAAGUGAAUCAGUGUUAUUUCUACAUAAACAGAGAAAAGAAGAAAACAAAAGUCAGUUCAUCAUGUGAGCUCAAGCUCACUGGUGCUGAAGUGCUCAGAUGGGCAGCUGUAAAAUCACCUGGAUCACUCGACAUUAACUGUUUCUACACAAUAAAUAAGCAAGGGAAUAAUAUACCAUCAUCUUAUUCUCCUCCUGUCACAGUUACGGUUCUAGAUUCACUUCAGAAACCCUUUAUCAGUGUUAGUAAAGAUAAUGACUCGCUCACAAUAUCAUGUGAAAUACCACUUCCAGUCAGAGCUGAUUUCAUCUGUAGUCUCUACACUGAGGAUGAUGAUCUUCUGUAUCAACGUGACUCUCAGUGGAGUCAGACUGGAAAGAAUCUUUGUAUGUUUUAUUUAAGUCAUAGUGAACUCUUGACACGAUCAGUGAACAGCAGACAGCUGAUCUGUGUUUAUUCACUCAAGACUCAACCUGAGAUCCAAUCACCACACAGUGACACAUACACCUUCAGAGGUCUUCCUCAGGUCAAGUUGAGAGCAUCUGCUUCAGUUAUUUCAGAAACAGACACAGUUGAGCUGAGCUGUGAGAAUACUGAAGAUCUGAAGAUGGAGAUGUGUUACUUCAACAUUAAUGGAAGAGAAAGUAACUCAAAACUGAGCUCAUCAUGUCAGCUCUCACUCACUGGAUCUCAGAUCAGUAUUUGGUCUGGAGAUCAGAGUUCAUCUGUGACAAUAACCUGCUUCUACACUGUGAUGAAGAGACAAGUUCAAAAACCAUCUGCUCACUCUGAUCCAGUGACAGUAACAGUCCAGAUGUCAACAGUGGUCUCUACUGGUAAAACAACAACCACAAAAACCAUUUCAACAUCAACCACCACUGAACAAACAAAUACAACCAUGAAAACCUCAUUGACUGUAAUGUCCACUUCUGAAAGUACAACAUACAGUACAACUGGUCACCAGUCUAUGACAAACCUGCUGACCAGCAUGACAAUGGAAACGAUGUCAGCUUUAACUUCAACGUCCACUUCUGAAACAACGACAUACAGUAAAACCGUAGGGCGCCAGUCCAAGACAAACCUGCUGACCAGCAUGACAAUGGAAACCACGUCAGCUUUAACUUCAACGUCCACUUCUGAAACAACGACAUACAGUAAAACCGUAGGGCGCCAGUCCAAGACAAACCUGCUGACCAGCAUGACAAUGGAAACCACGUCAGCAUUAACAGCAACGUCCAUCUCUGCAACAACAACAUACAGUAAAACUAGCCUUCAUUCCACAACAAGCCUGCCAACCAGCAUGACAAAAUAUACCAUGAUAGUGGUUUCCACUGGUGUUGCUGUGAUUGUGACUGGACUCAUCUGUCUGUGCUGGUUUGCAAGUAAAAAAAGAAGAAAGCAAAAUAAAACUAGAUCAAAAAAAUCUGAUGUGAACAGUCAAGGAAUUGGUAUGAGUUGUUCUGAACCUGCACAGAUAUAUUCUCUGAUCACUUCUGUACCAGCCGAUUCUCAGCCCAUAUCUGCAGGCCUCGAACACCCGAAGUCAUAUCAGGACAGCACAGCAGAUCCCACAGACACUCGCUCUGCCAUUACAUCUAUAAAUCCAAUUUACCAGCCCUCAGAUGUUUUGGUCAAUAAACAGCAGAAACAAGGAAAUGAGGAGGAAAAUGAGAAUGUUUAUCAUCUGUACUCCACAAUCCCUGACAAACCAGUUCACUCAAACGCAGAUCAAGUCUACAGUUUGCUGCAGAUGAACUGAUGAGUCUGAAGUCUGGUUUUAUUAUGUAGAGCCACUAUAAGUAAAGCAUCUUUAUUUGCAGACAAAUAGGUGUUUAUUUUCAUUAUUCAGUGUUUGGUGUGGAAAAUACUGUGACCUAUUGAAUAUCCAGAGCAUCUUCUCUGGCAAGCCCCACUGGUGCAAUACCACAUUGUAAAAAUAGCUUGUGCAUUCAAUAGGAGCUGAACUAAAAAUGCAAUGAUAAAUGAAAAAGUGUGUAGAAAGUCUCUUUAUAGUAUUUUGUUUUACCCAAAUAAAUCUAUGUUUAGAUCAAUUUUUCAAGGUCUAUCGUGUGUUGUUAGCUUACAUCAGAGAUGGCAUGUAUUUAGCUUAGAAAACGGCCUUUUUCAUAUGAUGUGAUUGUUUCCAAUAAGUGUGAUCCUUCCUACAUGCUGCUGUGUGAAAUACAGACUGAAUGGCAGGUCUUUUUUUUUUUUCUUUGGAAAAUCAUGUUCUGGAAUGUUUUUCAUGAGUGGUUUGGUUUGUACAGUAAUCCUAAAUUAUAUGGACAUCUUAUAGAGUUUUGGAGUCUCCAAGUGAUCUUUACAUGUAAAAUACAGUUUUGUGAGAAUCAUCCUCAAACUUGUAACACAAUUUAAAUAUUUUUUUUCAAAUAUAUUUUUAAACAUGCCUAAGGCCUUUAUACAUAUUAUAGCUAUUAUUCUUGUUCACGCUCUGAUAUGUUACAUGUAAACGCUACAUUUGCACAUGUCUGUGAGUGUGGUCUAAUGAUCUGAACUUUGUUCAACAUGAAACUGCUCGGUGCAUUAAAAGGU